AUGCCACCCAAGUUAUUGAAAAAUUAUGAACAUGAACACGAGAUUACUCUUCCACCCGAAUUAUGGAGGCUGGUCUUCCACUAUUUUUCUGUACAGGAGCUUUGUCGGUGUUGCCAAGUGUGUGUACUUUGGAAUGAACUUGUCAAUAGUUUAGAUAACACAGUCUGGAAGAAGCGUUACUACUCGUACCCCGAAUGGCGCCAUCCAAAUUGGCCUAUAUCACCAACUGUAGAUCCAAAGUCAUGGAAACAAUGUCUCAAAGACAACUACAUGGCCAAUAAAGUCUGGUGUGAAUACUGGAAAGAUACUGAUCAGUCGCAGUGUCUGUAUGUGUUUCGUAAACGUCGGGAUAGGAAAACGCUUCACGUUGGCGCAGAUUGCGAGUUCACAAGUUUGAAAGAUGCAUUGAAUAAUGCAAAUGCUUUUGAUCGAAUCUAUUUACAUCCCGGUACUUAUGAUGAACAGAUUAUGAUGCUGACGAAGUUACCACUAGAACUGGUGGGUUACGGAAAAUUAGGCCAAGUUGUUUUAACUGCAAGUAUUGAACUACAAGCUGAAACUGCCAGGAUAUGUAAUGUUGUAAUAAAAGCUCCAUGGUUUACGUCCACCAUCAUCCAGUCAACACUUGGUCAUAUACAAAUUGACAACUGUCUGUUUGAGGAUGGCAACAUUGAGAUCCAUGCACCGGCGACUUGUCACAUUCGUUUUUCCAAAUUCAAUCAUUCGUCCAUAGAACUAGACUCUCUGAAUGUGAGUCUGAUCGAGAAUUGCGAGUUCGUUCAGAGUAACAACUCGGCUGCGAUCAGUGCAUGGGGCUUUAAAUUUUCUGGUGCCGAAUAUGGAUGGGUAUACAGAUGGUUACAAGAAUCAGUGCAAUCUAUUGUUUCACAGUACAGUAUAGACCAACUAAAACCUCAGGCAGGCACAUCAUUACUUCCCAAUUACCAGCCAGACUGUAAAGACCCCAAUAAUAUGAAAUCCAAUAACAGUAGCCUUGUUGAUUUAAACGAUGAUGCUGCCAACAACCAUUAUAUUCUAUACGAUUCGGAUGCAUCUGCACUUUCUUCUGAUAGCGACGACAGUGAUCAAGAAAGUCUACCAGACCCGUCUGUUCAUCAAUUGUCUUAUCUAGCUGGGCAGAGACUCACCCAGGGGAAAUUUCACGAUCUCUUGAGACCACAUGUACAGGCAGAGUCACAGGAAGAAACCAAGUCGACAAGUAGUGUCAUUCAAAACUACGGUAAAAUCAAAGAGUUCCUGGAGAAAUUAAGAGGAUGUGUUGUUAGGAAUUGCAAAAUACACAAGUGCCAAGGUGGAGGAAUAAUGGUCAGUUGCCAUGGCAAUGUUAGACUUUAUAGAAAUGAUAUUCAUGAUUGUUCCUAUGGCAUCAGGUGUAUACAAGUUUCUAGGGUUUCAAUAAUAUGGAAUCUGAUCCACCACUGUAGAACAUCAGGAGUGUUCAUGAGGCUCUCCUCAGAAGGUGUGAUUGCUGGAAAUGAUAUCUACGCUAACGGAGAAGCAGGAAUUGAUAUCAGGAAACAAGCUGAUCCAUUUAUACAGAAUAAUCACAUAAGACAUGGUAAACGUUCUGGAAUAGUGGUUUUGGGUGGCGGUAAGGGCAAUAUAUGUGAUAAUGACAUCUAUUGUAACAAAGAAGCAGGUAUAUACAUACUUUAUAAAGGCAUUCCAACAGUAAGACGUAAUAGAAUCUGCCAUGGUAAGGCUGCUGGGAUUGCUAUCAAUGAACAGGGAAGAGGAUACAUCACUGAUAAUUUGAUAAGUGAUAAUCAGUGGGGUGGUGUUGAUAUAAGAAAUGGUGGUAACCCUGUAAUAAAAAACAACUGGAUAUGUAAUGGUGCUUCUGAUGGUGUUGUUAUUGGACUGGAAGCGUUGGGUACGCUAGAGAAUAAUGUUAUACAUGGUAAUUUUGGACAUGGAGUGUGGAUUAUGUCAUCAAGCAAGCCACUUCUCCAUGGUAACCAGAUCAGUAACAAUAAUGAUGCCGGGAUUGCAUUUGUUGCCUAUCGUGACAAUGUUGGUCACCAUGGUAACAUGGAUACUGCUGGUAAUCAUGGUAAUGAGCUAGAAGUGCCUGAAGAAGAAGAUGAUAUUGAUCUUUCUCCAUGUGUGAAAGUUGCCACUAUUGAAUACAACAGUAUCUACCACAAUGCAGGUAAUGGUGUCUGCAUCAAAGGAAGUGACGUACUGAAAGUUGAAGCUAAUGCCAUCCAUGCAAAUUGCGGUACGGGUGUACUCAUUGACCAACUACCAAUAGCUACGGUUAUUAACAACAGUAUCACUUGUAAUGCUGGAUCCGGCAUAGCUAUCACAGAAAAUAGUUCUAUUGAUCUCCAUGGUAAUGGUAUCUAUGACAACAGCAAAUAUGGAGUGGUAUCCAGAGGAAGUGGCCGGGUUGUUGAAAACGACAUCAUUGGUAAUCAGAUGGCGGGUAUACAGUUAGGAAGAGGCACAACAAAAGGUUUUCAGGUAACAAAGAAUCGUGUAUAUUCUGGUAAUGACCAUGGUAUAACCUUGUUAAGCUACUCAUGUGGAACUAUAGAAGAUAAUAUAUUGUUUAGUGGUCCUUACUCGCAUCAAUAUGUGCAUAAUAACAGUCAGUGUGUUGUAAAAAAUAAUCAAGUUAUUAAAUGUGAGUCAGACACUGUCCAAGAAUUACUGGGUAACGAUAGUGAUGAGACAGCCACUAGCACCAGUACAGAUGCCAGUGAUUCUGAUUCCAACAAGUUAUCACCAUGGAAACUAGAGAACCCUCCUCCAAGACCACAUGUGACUUCACCAAAGGCACUACCCACAGCGCCAUCCAAACAUGUGACAACCACCACAAGGGUACACAAUCCCAAACUGGGAACCAGUCAGCAAGGGAGCAAACUCUGUGUCAUAUUGUAG